AUGCGACAAGCGCGGCUGCCCCCAUGGAUUCUCCUAUCGGCUUGGUGUUGGCAUCUGCGUCUGGUCUCCUCACAGGAUGACAAUGGGACGUCGACGUUAUCUCCCAAUCUGCUACUAGAGGAACCCCUAUGUGGCUACUCCAAGCGAAAUAUAGACGAAGAUCCGCUCAGGCGACACUGCCUGAGGCAAUGUAUCUUGGGCGAUGAUGGCAUCGUCUAUCCAUAUUUCGAAGAAUGGGAGGAGUAUUGCCGCGAAACAGCUGGGAUGAUGGAUUGGGAUCCUGAAUGCAGAUCUUACCUCUGCUGCCUGUUUGGCUGUGAGGUUUGGGGUGGAGAUUCAACUCUUUGCCGAUCAGAAGAUCCUGUGGAGCGCUACAACUUCCUCCAGGAAUCCCAGGCGCAGAUGUUCUCCGCCGGCAUCACCCGGGAGCAGCGCUGUACGCUUGAGAAGUGCAAUGCCUAUUGCGCCAAGAAGGUCUUCAUGACCUGUCGGGAAACGCAGUACACCCAGCAGUGCGAAAAGAGCAAUCCCAGGCUCUACGGCUGUGAUGUGAACUGCAAUCUUGCCGCCAGACAUUUCCGACUGGGAGCUGCGGUUUUACUUCUGGUCCUGAAGGGCUUUCUGUAA